AUGCGCGAAUGUAUUUCAAUUCACAUCGGUCAAGCCGGUGUACAAAUGGGCAAUGCUUGUUGGGAAUUAUUCUGUUUAGAACAUGGGAUUCAACCUGAUGGAUUACUACCCUCAAAUGUAACUGUGAAGGGUCAAACGGAUGACUCAUUUAAUACAUUUUUUUCUGAAACAGGAGCUGGUAAAUAUGUACCACGAGCAAUUAUGAUGGAUUUAGAACCUACUGUAGUUGAUGAAAUUCGAGUAGGUACAUAUCGAAAAUUAUUUCAUCCAGAACAACUAAUAACUGGAAAAGAAGAUGCAGCUAAUAAUUAUGCACGUGGACAUUAUACAGUCGGUAAAGAAAUCAUAGAUUUAGUUCUCGAUCGUAUUCGAAGAUUAGCUGAUCAAUGUACAGGUUUACAAGGAUUUCUAGUCUUUCAUUCAUUUGGAGGAGGUACUGGAUCUGGUUUUACAUCUCUUCUUAUGGAACGUUUAAGUAUUGAUUAUGGUAAAAAAUCUAAACUUGAAUUUGCUAUUUAUCCUGCACCACAAAUUUCAACAGCUGUUGUUGAACCAUAUAAUUCAAUUUUAACAACUCAUACAACAUUAGAACAUUCUGAUUGUUCAUUUUUAGUUGAUAAUGAAGCUUUAUAUGAUAUAUGUCGUCGAAAUUUAAAUAUAGAACGACCAACAUAUACUAAUCUAAAUCGUUUAUUAGCACAAGUUGUUUCAUCUAUUACAGCUUCAUUAAGAUUUGAUGGAGCUUUAAAUGUUGAUUUAAGUGAAUUUCAAACUAAUCUUGUUCCAUAUCCAAGAAUUCAUUUUCCAUUAGUAACAUAUGCACCAAUUAUUAGUGCGGAAAAAGCAUAUCAUGAAAUAUUAUCAGUAUCCGAGCUCACAAAUGCAGUAUUUGAGCCAGCUAAUUCAAUGGUUAAAUGUGAUCCACGACAUGGAAAAUAUAUGGCAUGUUGUAUGUUAUAUCGUGGUGAUGUUGUUCCGAAAGAUGUUAGUGCUUCUAUAGCAACGAUUAAAACAAAGCGAACAAUUCAAUUUGUUGAUUGGUGUCCAACUGGUUUUAAAGUUGGUAUUAAUUAUCAACCACCAACAGUGGUACCUGGUGGAGAUCUUGCAAAAGUUCAACGAGCUUUGUGCAUGUUAUCAAAUACUACUGCCAUUGCCGAGGCAUGGAGUCGACUUGAUCAUAAAUUUGAUUUGAUGUAUGCAAAACGAGCUUUUGUUCAUUGGUAUGUUGGUGAAGGAAUGGAAGAAGGUGAAUUUACUGAAGCACGAGAAGAUUUAGCAGCACUCGAAAAAGAUUAUGAAGAAGUUGGAACUGACACCGGUGAAGAAGAAGCUGCUGAUGAAUAUUAA